UUACGUUCUUGUUCGAAUUUUUAAUCAACAUUGACCAUGUUUUCGUUAAUUUUGCUGAUUGUGUUCCUAUUGACAUUGGCUUGGUUUUAUAUAAGAAACCAUUACGAGUACUGGGAGCGACGUGGCUUUCCAAUAGAGAAGGGUUCGGGAAUUCCGUUCGGUUGUUUGGACAGCGUCUGGAGGCAAGAGAAGAGUAUGGGCCUGGCCAUCCAUGACAUCUACCGCAAAAGCAAGGAACGAUUCGUGGGCAUCUAUCUGCUCUUCCGUCCGGGUGUCUUGGUACGCGAUGCCGCCCUGGCCCGUCGUAUUCUCGCCCAGGAUUUCACCAGCUUCCACGAUCGUGGAGUGUACGUGGACGAGGAUAAAGAUCCGCUGUCGGCCAGCAUCUUCGCUCUGCGAGGACAGAGCUGGCGCUCCAUGAGACACAUGCUGUCACCGUGCUUCACUUCCGGCAAGCUGAAGGCCAUGUUUCCCACCUCAGAGGACAUUGGUGACAAAAUGGUUGCCCAUCUGCAGAAGAAACUGCCCGAGCAGGGCUCUCAGGAAGUUGACCUGAAGAAGGUAAUGCAAAACUAUGCCAUCGACAUCAUUGGUUCAACCAUCUUCGGCUUGGACGUUAAUAGCUUUGAGAACCCUGACAACAAGUUCCGCAAUUUGGUAACGUUAGCUCGAAGGAAUACUAGGAUUAAUGCUCUGUUCGCAAUGAUGAUCUUCCUGGUGCCUUCAAUUGCCCAGUUUCUGUUCUCGUUGGGUAUUAGUAGCCCGGUGCGUAAGGCUAUGCUGGAUAUAGUCAAAGAAACCGUGGAAUAUCGUGAGAAGCACGGCAUCGUGCGUAAGGAUCUGUUGCAGCUGCUCAUUCAGCUCAGAAACACCGGCAAGAUAGAUGAGAAUGACGAGAAAUCCUUUAGCAUUCAAAAGACCCCCGAUGGACACAUCAAGUCAAUUUCCUUGGAGGCCAUCACCGCCCAGGCUUUCAUAUUCUACAUAGCUGGACAGGAGACCACCGGAUCAACGGCGUCCUUCACCAUUUUUGAGCUUGCUCAAUACCCAGAGCUCCUCCAACGCCUGCAGACUGAAGUGGAUGAAACCUUGGCCAAGAAUGGUGGAGAGAUCACCUACGAUGCCCUGCAGAAGAUGGAGUUCCUAGAGCUGUGCGUGCAAGAAACCUUGCGGAAGUAUCCUGGUCUUCCCAUCCUGAAUCGAGAAUGCACCCAGGACUACACAGUGCCCGAGACCAAUCACGUCAUCCCGAAGGGCACUCCGGUGGUAAUUUCUUUGUACGGAAUCCAUCACGACGCCGAGUACUUCCCCGACCCUGAGAAGUAUAAUCCUGAUCGGUUCAGCGAGGAGAGCCGCAAUUACGAUUCAACAGGAUUCAUGCCCUUCGGAGACGGUCCAAGGAUCUGCAUUGCUCAGAGGAUGGGUCGAGUGAAUUCCAAGCUAGCGAUUGUUAAGAUUCUCCAGAACUUCAACGUGGAAGUGAUGAGCAAGCGCGACCUGGAGUUUGAGAACAGUGGCAUUGCCCUGAUUCCCAAACAUGGAGUACGCGUCCGUUUGUCCAAGAGAGUUCCCAAACUAGCCUGAGCUCGACGAGCUGAUGAAAUAACAGCCUAUCCUAGGAGCCAGUGUUUCUAGUCACUUAAUUAUGAUAAAUUAUUUCAUUAAAAGUAUAUACAGAAGAGUUAAAUGCUUCACAUGCUAAGGUAUUUUAUUCAAAUGGUUAAGUCUUUUUAUCGCUAUCAUAUAUUUGAAGUGCGGUGCGGUUACUGAUUACUAAUGGGACUUAUAAAUGCCAAAAAUGAUUAACUAUUUCUAGUUCGGUUUUCAUAUUAAAACAAAAAGGCAACCUAUACAAUGACAAGUAAAGAAGUCAGUGGCA